AUGCUGCAACACGGCGCUUCCUCCGUUUCAGCUGGAGCAGCAGGGCCGGCCAUGCCAGCCGCAGCAGCGAUCCUCGCUUGCCUGCGGGAGCUGCUGAUUGGCGCCGACGCCAUACGCGCUGACGAUGCACGCGCGCUGGCGGCAGCCUCCCUGCCUGCCCUGCGCAAGCUGGCCCUGGCCACUAUGGAGGGCGCCAGCCUGGAGGCGCUCGUGGGAGCACCCUGGCUGCGCGGCCUGGAGGACUUUGCAGCAGUGGUUCGGCCAGCGCUGUCAGCAGCUGCCGCGGCGGCCCUGGCAGCCGGCCAUCUGACCAGCCUCACACGCUUGGCGAUUGGCGGCGUUGCACCUCUUGAGGACGAUUCCUUGGAGGCAGCGGCUGCACUGGUGUCAGCGCCCGGUACGUUUGCUGGCUUGCACGAACUCGUGCUGCAGAAUGUUCAGCUGGGCAGCAUAAUUGGCUUUGAUGGCACCGGCUCUGGAGAGCCGCUAGAACUGCUGGCGUGCAUGCCCAUGGAGCACCUGACCCGGCUUGAGGUCAGCGGCACAUGCCUGGGGGCGCAUGACAUCGCAACUGUGCUGCCGCGCGCCACAUGGAUCGGCCGCCUCUUGGAGCUCCGCAUCUCCAACGAGAAUUUUUGUGGCGUUCAGGCGUUUGAGGCACUCGCUGACCUGCCCAUGGGCGGUCUGCGGCGCAUGGACAUCUGCAACUGUUGCAUCACGCCUGUUUCUCUGGCAGCCCUCAACGAGGCAGUGUGGCUGGAUGGCCUGCAGAUGCUCAAUCUGUCUGACAAAUUUGAUUCGCAUGAGGAGGUGCUGCUGAUGGAGAGGGUGCUGCAGGUUGAGGGCGACCCGCUGGCGCAGCUGAAAGGCAGUCAGAGGUUGACGGCUUGCUGGUCUACCAGUGAGCACGACGAUUACAUGUAUGGGAUCGACAUCGGCGACGAGGACUAUGGCAAGGACAUAUACGACCCUGCUGGUGCAUGGCAGUGGUGA